AUGUCUUCCAUCAUCCGCAACAUUCUCGCGCUCAGCGCUGUCGCCGCCGUCGCCGUCGCUCAAGACCCAGCCCCCAAGCUCGACGCUCCCUGCGCCGAUGCCGUCAUCUUUAUGGCCCGCGGUAACACUGCGCCGUACCAUGACUUCCGUACAUUCCCCUUCGUCGACGCUACGUGCGGCAAACUAAGGGCUGAGGGCAAGACCUGCGACUACAUUGAGGUUGUGUUCCCGUAUGGCGGCGACUACUGCAAACAGAUUGGCGAGGGAGUCCGCAACGGUCUAUCCCAGAUCACUGCUUUCAACAAGAAGUGCCCUUGCACGCACCUCAUCCUCAAUGGCUUCUCUCAGGGUGCCUGGAUUACCGGAGAUAUCCUUGCUGGACCUGGUGGAUGCUCGCAAAUCACCACUGGUCUAGACCCUACCUCGUCUCCUGGUAAUGCUAUUGCUGCUGCUCUCCUCUGGGGCGAUGUCAAGCACGAGGCUAAUCAGCCAUACAACGUUCUUGACGGCUCUAAUCUACAGAAGAACGGUCGCGACGCCGCCUCUCUUGCGCGCCUAAACCGCUACGCACCCGUCCUGCGCUCUUACUGCGCUAAGGGAGACCCAAUCUGUGCCAACGGCGACGACGUCGAGAAGCACUUGAGCUACUUUGAGAAGUACACCGACGACGCCUCGACCUGGGCCGUUGGAAAGCUCAAUGACGCCGCCCCUCUAUGUGCCGCUCCCACACCUACGCCUAGCGCUUCUUCUACUGUCGUCGCCUCGUCUGUUCGCGUUGCCGCUGUUGCAUCUUCGAGCGCUGCUGCUUCCUCUGGCGCUGCUGCUUCCUCUGGCGCUGCUGCUUCCUCUGGCGCUGCUGCUUCCUCCAGUGUCGCCGCUCUUCCCGCUUACCCUACAUCUCCAGUUUACGUUGCUCCCUUCACUGCUCCCCAGCCAUACGAGGCUAUGUGCAUUCCCCGCAUCACGAUUAAAUAUGUCUACGCUUAA